AUGACAAAUUAUGCAAACUUUCUUCUCAUUCAACUACUCAUUAUCUCCGUCAUGAUGUUGCGACCAACUGUUGCAGGAUCGUAUGGCGGAGAUUUUGUUCGGCUGCCUUUACAAGGCAGCCAGUGUAGCGGCUCAAUUGCUGAGUGUAUGGCUGUUGGAGAGUUCCAGAUGGAGUCGGAGAGCACUAGACGUGUACUUCAACUUUUUCUUGGGAUAAAUUUUCUGAAUCAUGACUUUACGCCUGGUCCUUGUCAGGUACCUGGUCACUCAUAUUAUAAUUGUGCAUGUCAAGAUGGCAAACCUGAUCCUGCAGCAAGAAAUGUUUCUAGAAUUGAAGAUUGUUAA